AUGAAAGAGGAUGUACAUACUUAUUCCCCCAGCGGGCCUGUAUUCCGUCUCCUGAAGCCGGUCGACAUCUUCAUUACUUGCAACGAUGCUUUAAAGCCAUUCUCGCCCGUUGUUCCUCUCAAAACAAGGGAACGGCCUCGCCAUGGGAAUCAGCAAUGGGAUUUCGUCAGAGCCUUCCAUGGAGUCGAUGAGGGGUUCAAGGAAAUGUGGGUCCCCGCAGCCGCUUGUGCACAGUCGAGUGGGACUUUAUGUUGCUUUGGAUGCGCAAUGCAAUGUUAUCUUUACCAUGAGCUGAUCCAACAGUUCCAUUGCAACAAGAAUGUGCAGAUGAGCUUACGUGCUUUGACUUGCUCUGUGGAAGCGCAAAAAGGCUCCGAGAAGUUCGGGGUCUGCCGAGCCUGGGCUUGGGGCUCUCUGCACGGGACCCCACUGCACCGAGAAUCAAUUCUCCCAGCCAAGCGAGAGUCCGCAGCCGUCCAACCGUCUUCCAUCCUCCGAGCCUGUAUCACCCAACACCUCACCUCGUUGCCGCCAAACCCAAACCUCCCAACCGCACGGCCUGACCUGCCUCUUUCAACAGCUCAGUCAACUUCUUCCUCGUCUUCACCAUCCUUUGCUGGCCAUUCCUUCUGCAGAACAUGGCCGGGCUUCUUGUUCGGUUCUUGCAAGCUUUCGAGCUCACGGGGCCGUCUGGGCCGGAUUGGAGGCCGUGAAUUCAGCACCGCCCCAAGUCUAUGGGGAUGGAGAUACCGAUUUUCCCUCUUGAGGACCAUCAAUCUCCCAUGGAAAGCUGUUCACUCGACACCUCCAUUCUGUCUUUCACCUUCUUCGGACAUCGCUUCUUCUUCCGCCUUUCCAAGUCUUUGGGAAAUGCUGAUGUGGGCUGCUGGCUUCAUGGUUCAAAAUCACGAACCUCGCCACCAAGUCAGCAAAGCUGGCCUCCAGUCAGCCAGCCAGCCAGCCAUUGCCGCUCGGUGA